AUGGAGGAAAGAAGUCCUAUAUCUGAGUCAUCUGAUAUUUAUAACAAGAAAAACAUUGAUCUACUACAGAAUAAUCAGGCAACGUUACCGACUACAGAUGAUGAUCUAGAUCUAGAAAAUGCGAUAGGAGACGUCUUCAGUAACUUUGACUUCAAUAAUUUAAACAAAAACAACCAGUCUCAUAACUCGAACACUGAUGAAAUACAAAAACCACAAGUUUCACAUACAAAAGAAUUACAAGUAGUUAAAGGUGAGGCUUCUGAGAAGGGUGAAGAUCAAGUAAGUAAUGAAAACCCAAAGUCGAAUGAAGAUCAAAAUUUGGAAGAUGCCAUUAAGGACAUUUUUGUGGACUCAACCAACAAACAUGAUUUGAACCUACCGACUACAGAUUCAGAUUCGAGCAAAGCUGGAGCUCAAGAAAAUCUUAAUACAUCUCCGAUCAAAGAGGAAGAAGAUUUAGACGGUGCCAUAAAUAACGCAUUUGCAGGUUUCUUUGCUACAAGCUCAGAAAAGCCAGAUGAACAAGAGGUGGAUAACGAAAAUGUAACCGAAUCCAAUACCUUAGUGUCGCAAUUACCGAUUAUUGAAACUCCCACCAAAAAUAUCCCAGCUGAAAUGUCAAUCAAAAAUGUAGGUGCAAGUACGACCAAUCUGCAGGCAGAUACUGUUACUAAAAGCCCACGAAGUGGAUACCAAACAAAAUUUAAUGUCACUCCAUCGCAUAUCAGUGAAUCAAGUCUUUCACCAGUCCUGAAUAAUCAAACCUCGAAUCAACUACAAAACGAUCCAUCAGAAUCAAACAUUGUUCCACCUGAUACUCAGACCAUUAAACAAUUUGCAGAAGGAAGAGGUGACCAAUCGCACGAUGACUUUGAUCUAGAUUUAGAAGCUGCAAUUGGCAAUGCUUUAGGUGAAGCAUUGGCUUCAAAAGAUACUUCAUCCUCAAAGGUCAAGAGAAUUCCAAACACUGCACCCAACUUACAAACUCUGCAAACACAGACACUACAUCAGCCACAACCUAGAUCACAUGCUCAACUUCAAACUUCAACUCAAAUUCAAUCUCAAUCUCAGUCUCAAAGUUUAAGCAAAUUUGACCAAAACAAUUUUGAUGAUCAAGAUUUAAACGAUCUAAUAGCGCAAUCAAUUCAACAAGCUAUGAGCAUCGCAAAAGAAGAAUCAUUAGAUAGCAAUGAUAUGAAAGAAGCCAUCACAAAUGCGUUCAAGUCAGUUGGUGCCUCCGUCGCUCCCAAUUCUCAUAUUACAAACGAUGGAAUUCAUCAAAUUACUCGACCAAAUAAUGAGAGAAGUAACAUGCAAAAUUUAGUUGACGGGCCAAAAGCUGAGGUACUUAAAUCUACUCAACUGGAAAAUAAUCAGUUAAAUUUGAAUGCAGUUGAAAAUCAUACUGACGUAACAAUUGAAUCGGAGGCAUUAGAUUUAGAGCAAUUACAAAUGAAUGAUAUUUUAAGAGAUGCUUUCAGAAUGGCAUUGGAGGAACCGCAAGAGAAAAUGGAUAUUGAAGUGAUUGAAGAGCAGAAAGUUGUUCCACCUGCGAAAGCUAUAGUAAGCAACCGAAUUUCACAUACUCAUAAAGCACCUGUACCACCAUUACCAAAAUUCACGUCUCUGAAAACAGACCCCAAACAUCAAACAGAUCAAAGUUCUACCAACAAUAGUCCAUUAGAACUUUCAAAAGCUUCGUCUUUGUUUUCUAAUCCUGAGAUGAAGUCACAAAUAUCUUCAGUGAUCACGUCACUUACUUCAAAAAUCAACAGUGGAGAGUUAGCCGAUUUAAACAUAUUAUCAACAAUUAGAAAAAUCACAGAUGAAAUUGCGUCUGGGGGCUCUUUGAGUGAUUUUUUCAAAAAACCGGACAAUACAAUAAAAUUUUCUGAAACAUUAUCUGAUGAGUUCCUUAAAUCCUUGACCAUAGCGAUUCGAUUUUUACGGACUUUCCAGAAAGAUGGUUUAGAUGAAUUGAAUAAAUCAAUCGAAUUAAUUGAAGAAAUGAUUUUAGACUUCAAAUCUGAGACUGAUCCAAAUCAUGUUGAAAUAUCCAACGACAAAAUUGAAUUUAUUUCAGCUAUUACAAACCUGUCGUUGACUCUAUUUUUCGAAAAUUUAUCAUCAUCAAAACUAACACCCGAAACAAAAAAUUCAAUUGACAAGUUUAUAUUCAACUCGCCAGACUACAAAAGGAAGACCAGGAUUGCUAAUAGAGAAAGAAAGAAAAAAUGGAGGGAAGAAAAUGCGGAAAGAAAUAAGGAUAAUGAUUUGAGAAUUAGAGUUCAGAAAAAAGCAACUAACAAGUUUGGUGAAACCGACACGUCUGAAAAAUUAGUUUGGGUUGAAGAAGAGAUAAAAAAAAGAAAAGCCAAGAGACUGAACAAGCAAAUUGGUGAAGAAGAAACUGGUCAGAUAGAUGGAGACUUAAAGUCUGAAUUCAUGGAGCAUAAUGAACCAGAUGUGAAGGAGGUUGAAGUUAUAAUGGAAAAUCGAGAUCUAAUAAAGAGUAUUAAGGAUGUCGUUGGUCAUGUAUUGAACAAUAAAGAGAAUAUAUCAUCGGCUCAUCUAAUUGCAAAUUCAGUAAUCAUGGGGUCAAUCAGCGAAAGAUAUGCAACGACUAUGAACGUUUCUGAAAUCAAUAUGGAUGCAGCAAUCACCAAAAUAGUGAAAGGCACAUUGGAAAAUGGUGUUGAGCAUUAUAACAUCUCAAAUUCUUUAUUAAAAUCAAAACGGCAUUUAUCAGAAAUUGUAAAUAGUUCAAAAAGGUUUAAACCUAAUUUGGAUAGUAAUGGGUCCUCAUUCAACAAAUUACCUCCUAUUAAAUCAUUAUCACAUUCAAAUUCGGCAUUCAACAAAGCAGCUUCACCAUCCAUCAACAAACCGAGCUUACAAUUACCCCGAAACUCACCAUUCAUUUCUAACAAAACAAAAAGUACCAUAUCAUCAAAUUCACAGUCACCUACUUUGAGAAAGCCAGGAGCGUUUCAAAAACCUAAAGCAUUUUCAAAUUCCAAUUCGACUUCAAUUGGUCAGGAUAGAGGUACAAGUUUAGGCUUUCCGAAAUUAUAUUCAGCAUCACUUAAAUGA